AUGGAUAACAGGUCCGCCAAGCCAUUGAAGGAGGGAAAAUCUGUUAGAAUUCCCCCAAAGAGAGGUCAGAUAAAGGUCAAGAUAUUUGAGAGAGUGGUAGGGGUAGUGGCCGCCAAAAACUGGAUGGCAAGAGUUCAAACCAGCCCCGAGGAAGGAGGUAGUGGCAAUGGAGGUGGCCAUGGCGGCGACAGUGGCAGUGGGCAAAAAAACAAAGCAAUGGAAAACAAGUCCACUGACUCAUCCAAGGGGGGGAAGUCUGCCAAAAUUCCUCCACCAAGAGGUCAGGUACUGUUCAAGAUGUUUGAGCGAGUGAAAGGGGCAGUGGCCGAGAAAAACAGCAAGGCAAGAGUGCAAACCGGCCCAGAUGAAGGUGGCAGUGGCAGUGGCAGUGGCAGUGGCAGUGGCAAUGGCGGUGGCAGUGGCAGUGGCAGUGGUGGUGGAAACCAGUAA